AUGCCCAGGAUCCGAGAUCGGUCGAGAGGAAGUCCGGUUCCGUGCCAUUUGAGCUCGAUUAUGCCCAACAUAUGACACGCUGGCUGGCGGUUAGAGAACCUAGAGCGUCGCCCGUUUUGCAGCUUGCAUGCCGGGCUCAGCAUUUCCGAAGAUGGGAAAUCCCACGAAGCAGCUAUCCCAUGACUCGGCCCGGAUAUCUCACCUGGCGCGCCAAGCUCAAGUCCCAAGCGGCAAAGCAGGUGGCUGAGCUGCUCGCCGACGCUUCCAUCCAGCCUCCGCUGAGCCAGGAGGAGAUCGACCGGGUGGCCGCCCUGGUAAGGAAAGAGGAUCUCAAGACCGAUAGCGACACUCAGGUCCUUGAGGACGUCGCUUGCCUAGUAUUUCUGGACGAGCAGUUUGAAGAUUUUGAGAAGCGGCCGGACAUUGACGAGGAGAAGAUGGUGGGCAUUUUGAGGAAGACAUGGGGCAAGAUGAGUCCGUCUGGACAUGCGCUGGCCCUCCAGAUGCACUUGAGCGAACGGGCCAAGAUCCUGAUCGAAAAGGCUUUGGGUGUUGAGAAGUGAAUUUCACGUGUCGAAUGAAAGAAGAAGGAAUAACUUCAAGUCU